ACUCCCUCCGUCACAAAUUAGGUGUCGGACGGGCCUUUUUACAAACAACACCCCCACAAAUUUCCGACCAACUCCGCGAUCCCUGGCAACUCCACCCUCACUUCGUCGUCCUCUCCUCUUCCACCCGACGACGCCGACCGCUCGCCGACGGAGCCGGCCGCGUUCCGAUGGCGCCGGCCGCCUUCGCUCCACCCCCUCCCAACCCAAGCCGGGGUCUUUUCUUCUACCACGCCGCGCUGCUGCAUCCUCUCCCUCGCGUGCGUCCUCGCCGCCUCUCCCUGUUCCUCUGGCCCGUCGUCCUCUUCAUCCACAACUUGAAGGUGCGAUUUUUUGCCUCCGGCGGCCGGAUUUGCAGGCGCUUCUCGAUCUAAUGUUGAGGUGCGGCUGCUGCGACGGGGCGCGGCUGCUGCGACGGGGCGCGGCUGCUGCGACGGGGGCGUCUGAUGGCGACGGUGCGGCUGCUGGCGGCGGGGAGCCCUCCCAGGCGCUGCUCUCCGGCGACCAGUUUGACGUCGAGGUGUACGCCGUGCAGUACUCGGGCCGCACGCGCGUGGCGCGGCUCCUCUUAAUCGCGGGCAAGUGCGAGUCGGAGCAGAUGAGGCUGGAUGCGCUCCGCCUGGCCUACGAAGGGUCCCUCAAGGGCGAGGACACGGCCCUCCACCGCGACGACGCCAUGCCCGUCGGUACCCGUGAUGCAUUCUGAUCCAGGGAAGAGCUUUCGGAAGAUGUAGACAAAUCUGCACCCUUUUGCUUCUUCAUAUUCAUUUGAUGUUCAGUCACUGCAGAAAGGAGGCUUCUGGAUAAUUUGUUUCAGUACAUCAAAGGUUCCUGCUGACAGGAGUUCAAGUUGGUCUUGAACCUGCUGAUCCAGUCCCACCUAUUACUGACAAGCAUGUUAACGCUUCUGGUGGAUCAGUGGAUUCACAACAGAAACACUUGGCGAGGAAAAAUCCAACAGUGUUACUUUCAGGUGAAAGCAGUGUAUCUAUACCCAGCCAAAGUGCAACUAGUGGUGAUCCAGUCAGUUUCACUGUGCAUGAUAUACUGACAACUACAAGCAUCAGGUUACUGACAACUACAAGCAUCAGGUUAAUGAAAAUGCCUUUCCCUCUUAUAAUUUCUAGGAGUAGCUUCUGAAUAUUGAUCGGUUACUGACAACUACUCCGGCGGUUAAUGAAAACGCCUUUCCCUCUUGUAAUUUCUAGGAGUAGCUUCUGAAUAUUGAUGCUGUAUCCUGCUUUAUCAAGCUGUUGUUAUGCUGAAUAUUGUUGCAGGAUAUGCUGGAGUCUCUUGGAAAUACAAAAUGAUGAUGUAUCCUGCUUUAUCAAGCUGGUUUAUCUGAUGGGCUCCCUAAGUUUGUGAAGGCUGAAGGAUAUGCUGGAUUGUACAAGGGGAUUGUUCCACUCUGGGGUCAAAUUCCAUUACUGUACAAUCUGCAGGUUAUGCUCCAGGAUCUACAGCUUCAGCUCCAGCAGUUUCAGGAGUAUGCCAGGAAUGGGGUACCUGCACAGGCUCCAACAGCUUCAGCAGUUGGUCUUCCACAGCAAGAUCGCCCGCCUCCACUCCACCAGGGUCUUCCACCUCCACUCCUCGAGCUCCAGCGGCGCCAGUCUGCAAGAGGUCGCCGACGCGAAGGGUGGGAGGUCGCGAGCCCGCCGGCGUGGGCCUGUGAGCUCCACCGGGUGGCCCGUCGGCACCAGGCGGCGAGGGGCGAGGGACUCCGCCGGCACCAGGCGGCGAGGGACGAGGGACUCCGCCGGCGCCAGGCUGCGAGGGGCGAGGGACUCCGCCAGCGCCAGGCUGCGAGGCGUGCGGGACUCCGCCGGCGCCAAGCUGUGCGGCGCGUGGAUCUCCGGCGGCGGCGCGGAAUUUCGGCGGCAUCAGGCUGCGCGGGGCGCAGAAUUUCGGCGGUGUCGGCGCGGCGCGAUCCGCCGGUGGGAGUCGCCCGCUGCCAGGCUGCACGGGGCGCGGAACUCCGGCGUCGUCCGGGGCACGAUCGCGGCGCGCGAUCCGCCGGCGGGAACCAGCUGCAGCAAGCCCGCGCACGCGAUCCUGGGAGAUACGAUUGGGGAUUCGAUCGUGAUGUUUUCGAAAUACUAAGGGUUCAAUUGCAAAAACUGUUUUACACUAGCCCUGCGACACCUAUUACGUGACGGAGGGAGUAU